UCAAUUCUUUCCUUUUGUACAUCGAAACCAAUUAAAGUUUUAGUUUUCCUACAAUCAUAUUCUUCCAUUAAAUCUUCGUAACUAUCACAAGAUCUUUCUAUGACAUUUAUUAACUUUUCAAGAAUUAAUUAAUGGUAUUGCACCAAAAAACUCUUCAUUUAAUCGAAUGAUGUGACCAAUAAGACAAAAAGAUCAAUAAUAACGUCAAGGUUAUGACAUAGAAAAAUAGUCAAUAGGUAAAAGGAUUAAUUUAGAAGAAUAGUCAAGUGAUCAAGAUAACAGAAACUAUUCAUAUUCAUAUCAAAUACUAACAGAUGAUCCAAUAAAUAGUGACUAAAGUGAUAUUGGAAUUUCAGUACAUUGACAAUUUAGCUUAAGAGAAGUCAGUUCGUCAACAAUUGAUCCAAUUCGAACAAAGCUCUUUAUUGAAUGAGAAUAAGAGAGAAAGAGAGAGAGAUUCUUUCAUUCAUUUAUUCAUUGUCGAUUUCGACUAUAUAAAAAAUUAAAUCAUUAUUUUCUUCGACAGCAUUGGUGAAAUAGAACAAAUGAGUAUAUAUGUAGACUGUUUCAAGCUAAAGAAAAAGACGAACAUGGAACAUCUAUGUCGUCAAUUGACUGAUUUAUCGGACGAAAUUCUUUUAAUUAUUUUCAAAAGAGUAGACAAUUGUCUCGCUACUUUAUUCUUUAUUUGGCAUUAAUAAACGAUUAACUAAAAUUUUACAUGAUUCAAUUUUUACAAGCCAUUUAAAUUUACUGAAUCAUGAUUCGAAUGAUUUGAUUUCUAGACCAUCUUACUCAAUACUUAAUCGAUUUCGUUCACAAAUUUUACCUAAAAUUCAUCAUAAAGUCAAAUGGCUUAAUCUUGAAUCGUCAUCAAUGGCAUCUAUUCUUCUCUGUACAAAUUAUCCUAAUUUAAAUAGACUUGGUUUAUAUAAUCUUGAAAUAGAAAAGGCAAAAUAUCUUUUUACUAAUGAAAUCCUGUUAUUUCAUAUAUUUAAAAAUGAAAUUUUAUCACUUAUUAUUCAUAUAAAUCAAAAUGACCAUCGAAGUGACAGAGAAGAAAUGAAUACAUUUAUAUUUACGCAUAUCUUUACAAUGUUUAACAAUUUACAAUAUUUAGACUUUGUUUCGUCUUCAUAUUAUUAUCAACAAUUAUCAUUUAAUUAUUCACCGCCACGUAUUUUCUCAUCAAAUCUAUUAGAAUUGUAUGUCACUUUGAAGAAUUUCACUAAUUGUCUUUAUUUACUUGAUGGACGUUUCAAUCAACUUCAUACAUUCCAUGUGAAUAUUGAUACAAUUACUCCACAUUUAAAAAUCGAUAAUAAAGCAAAGCUUCCUAAUUUAAAAUGCUUUGUACUAAACUGUUUUGCGGUUCUACAUGCAUUUGAUGGAAUAAUUGUAUCACUUUUAUAUCGAAUGUCAAAUUUAGAAGAGCUUACUUUGAAUUUGGUAAUCUUUGGAAGAAGUUCAUUUAUUGAUGGAAACAAUUUGAAAAAUAUUAUUAAUCAUAUGUCCAAACUAAACAAAUUUACAUUUAAUAUUCAUUCAAGUAUUUAUCUUGAUAAUCAAAUUGAUUUGCCAUCAAAUGAAAAUAUACAAAAUACAUUGAAAAAUUUAACAUCUAAUAAAAUUAUUUCUUGUGUUGAUUAUUUUUCAGAGGCAGGAAAAGGUGAAUGUCUUAUUUAUUCAUCUCCAUAUACAUUGAAAGAAUACAAUAAUAUAACCAAUAAUUUUCAAGGUGGAUUAUUUGAAUGUGUUCGUGAAAUAUCAUUAUUUGAUGAACGACCUUUUGAACAUGAAUUUUUUCUUCUUGUUGCUCAAUCAUUUCCAUUGAUAAAAAAAUUAACUUUAAAUAAUCUAAAACCACAAAAGAAUAAACAAUGCACAAAAUCAAAAGAUGAUAAACAAGAUUUCUCAAUCAUUAUAUAUCCUCAUCUUACUUAUCUUAAUCUAAAUGAAAUUCAUGAGGAUUAUAUUGAACAAUUCUUAGAUGAUACUAAAACAUAUUUACCAAACAAUAUGAAUCUUGCUACUAAUCAUGAACUACUAGAAAAAGUUACACAUAAUUUUAAAAGAGAUACAACAAAGAUUAAUUGUUCAAGAAUAAAUUAUUUGUAUGAUUCUACUGUUCUUUCACUUCCAAAACAUCUCAAACAUUAUUUUCUUCAUCUAUGUCAAUUUUAA